CAAACAAACUAGCAACAGUUAGAUCAACAGUCGGUGCCCCUAAAACAAUCAUGCGAAGAAUAAAAGUUUUCUUUACUGCUCGUGGGAAUUUCUAAAUCUCAUUUAAUUGACGAAAGCAACUCAAUAGCCGCUAGAGGAUGAAUUUCUCUGAGGUUUUUAAGCAAUCCAACCAACUCUGCAAAGUUUCCCCUGAUGGGAAAUAUUUGGCUACCUGUGUGCAGUACAGGCUGGUGGUGCGAGAUGUGAGCACACUGCAGAUCCUACAGCUCUACACCUGCUUGGACCAGAUAUCCUACAUGGACUGGUCCUCCGACUCUCUCUUUAUCCUCUGUGCUAUGUACAAGAGGGGACUGGUCCAGGUGUGGUCUCUUGAACAGCCAGACUGGCACUGUAAGAUUGAUGAAGGCUCAAUAGGACUAGUCUCCUCGCGUUGGAGUCCAGACGGACGUCACAUUCUCAACACCACCGAGUUCCAUCUGAGAGUCACCGUCUGGUCCCUGUGCACCAAAGCUGUGUCUUACAUCAAGUAUCCCAAAGCAUGUCAGAAAGGUAUAGAUUUCAGCAGAGAUGGCUGCUACAUGGCCUUGGCUGAACGCCGUGACUGCAAAGACUAUGUCAGUGUGUUUGUGUGUGACGACUGGCAUUUACUUAGGCAUUUUGAGACUGAGACACAGGACCUGGCAGGGUUGGAGUGGUCUCCCAAUGGCUGUGUGCUGGCAGUGUGGGAUAGCUGCCUGGAGUACAAGCUGUUGCUGUACUCUUUGGAUGGGCGGUUGCUGUCGACCUACAGUGCCUACGAGUGGUCGCUAGGUGUCAAGUCUGUGACCUGGAGUCCCAGCAGCCAGUUCCUGGCCAUUGGCAGCUUUGAUGAAAAAGUGCGCAUCCUCAAUCAUAUCUCGUGGAAGAAAAUCACACAGUUUGAGCACCCGGCGUCCAUCAACAACACAAAAGCAGUUGUGUAUAAGGAAGUGGAGAAGAGGACAGCUGUUGGCACUGAUGACCUAUCGCUACACAACAUCACAAUGGGCACCACCCUCUUCAACACCCAGAGCAAAUACGAGAUCUGUCCAGCGCCAGUCCAGAUUCCUGUGGUCAAACCAGACCCGGACCGAGCCAACCCCAAGAUUGGUGUCUCUACUUUGGCAUUCAGCUCAGACAGUCGCUAUCUAGCCACCAAAAACGACAACAUGGCCAGUGUUGUGUGGGUGUGGGACAUGCAGAAGCUGAGCCAGGUGGCUGUGCUUGAGCAGACAUCGGCUGUGCGUUGCUUUCAGUGGGACCCCCGACGGCCCCGGCUGGCACUGUGUACAGGCAACACCAAACUCUACCUCUGGUCCCCGGGAGGCUGCGUUUCUGUCCAAGUCCCCACUGAAGGUGGUUUGCAGGUCCAGUCUCUAAACUGGCACUGUAGUGGAGACUCUCUGAUGCUGCUCGGGAAGGAGCAGCUGUGUUUGUGCUACAUGGACAUCGACCAGGAGGACAAGUAAAUAACAAAGAAGAAUAACUUGAUUCCAGGUCUCGAGAAUAACUUGAUUACAGGUCUAGCUUAUUUGGCAAUACACACUUGGCAGGUAAUGUGUUAUGGUGGCGACGAGCACACUCAAAAUCUCAACUUUCACAUGCUGAAUUCCAGCUUCUCGUCAAGUUUUUAAGGCCCUCAGUGCAGGUUACUGGGAUGUUCCUUUUCUCUUCAAGUCCAAAACAUGGAAAAACCUGCCAUGACAUUCCUCCCAAGCGACAGACAAAUCACUUUUUUUUUUUUUUAAAUAAGCGAAUGUGUACUGAAAAACUAGUUUCGAACACUGAAAAGAUAGAGGUUUACAAAGUUUUAUAGAUUUCACUGUACUUAAGUAUUUUGUAUGUGUUUUACCUUGAAAUUGUGUAAUUAUUUUGAAUAAAUUGUCAUAAAUAAACUGCUGACGGUGAGUUGCUAAAGUUUGUACAUCUAAAUCUUUCAGUUUAUCAAAAAGGUUUGUGUACUCGGCCCAGUUCAUGAUUGUAAUAAGUUCUCUCUCGUAAAUUAAAUACGUCAGAACUGGCAAUGAAAUAUUUAUUUUCUGGAAGCAUUCGUGAGUUUACUGCAACAAAAUAACAGCAGAUAAAUAAAACUCAAAUAGUAUUCACAAAUCUAUUUGAAGAUAUUCCUUUUAAAAAAACAUCUGUCAUGCAAACGUAACAUGCAGGAAACAUGCAAAAGUAAAGACACAAUUAUUCAUUGGCAUUGUUGAGCAUGAAAAUAUGGCCUGGUAACUUUGGUAACACAACAAUUAUAUAUUAUAGGAUGCAGUUUAGGGAAAAAACAAAACACCUAAAUCUUGUUCACAAGAUAUAUACCGACAGGUUGUGGUUGAGGAAAUGAUGUAAAGCUUUGUCUGCGUGAAUUUCAUUUAGUAAGCCAUCGUUUAUUCCCACUGCAGAGAUUAAUGCAGCCGAGUGCAAAUGUGUGCCUAAAACGAGUGCAGGACCUUUUUAAGGCAACUUAUCAACAAACAUAAAGACACGGUUUACAAGUUCAUGUUGCAUAAAACAUGUAACGUACAACAUUUAGCUAUAGUAGCUAAAGCAGCGCUCCAUGUGGAACAUGAGCUCCAUCCUCUGAGCAAAGACAUGAAUAAGCAAAUGAAACAUGGAGAGCACAACACUGGCCAAUCAGAGAAGGUCACAACAUGUAGUUUAUCAUCUCCACUGAUCAAGGUUCAUUGACACUCAAGAGUUUAUAACAAUCAUGUAAGAUGACCGUAAAACUAAAUCCCUCCAUCCAUAAGCUGCUAUGCCAUUCUGCGAAGCUACCCUAUGGCCCUGUGAUCAGAAUAAUGCAAUCCUUCAUGUCAAACCUUUUAUUAAUGUAGCAAAUAUGGAACAUAUUCUUAGCUGGUGGUUUGGUUUCACUGUAUUUGUCACUGCUCUACUCUGGUCGGCUGGUUUGCUGUAGAUACGAGCCCAAACAAAGCACAUCCGUGAAAUAACGACCCCGACCAAUAACGUCAUUGCUUUUGACUGUCUGUCAAUCAAUGGUUAAACAAGGAGCAUGAGACAACAAGAAGCUCACUCUAGAAUAAGGUACAGAAGUAAUGAAUUAAUGUGCUCUCUCCUUUGUCUCCAACUUAUGUCACAUGUGCAUACACUCCUGCGGGCCUACGUGUGGGUAUGGCAGAUUUGCGAGCAACUCUUUGCAGGAAAGGUACUCGGGGCGCAAAAAAAACGAAACAAAAAAACAGACAAUCCAUGCAGUG